GAUGGCUACAGAGUUACUUUUUUUUCUUCGUUUUACCGUUUCGUGGAAAGAAUCGUCAGCUACCAGAAAUAGCCAAACUAUAAGGGGAAUCGGGGUUUGCCCUGUAGGGCCUAAACCCGAACCAACGUGGAUAAGAUCUCCGUUUAUUAAGAGGAGAGACGCAAUAGAAGCCACAAUAGAAAUAGAAUUCUUAAUGCGACGUUGUAGUCAAUGCAAGCAAUCCUUCUCUCUUCUAGUCUAUGAGGCCGACGAUGAUAUAGCUAAUAGCGAAAUCCCGGAAUGGAAAAAAUCUUCGUGGAAUAUGAUUAAACAAGUACCGGGUACUAGACUCUAUGAAGGCACCGAUUCUAAAAGCAAGAUAUGGGAAUCAAUAAACACGGAAUCUUUUAAGUUUAGACCAAUGAAAGGUGGAUUUUAUAUAGCCAUACAAGAAGAAGGAACGUGCACGUUCUUGCUCACAAUGAGGAUAUUCUAUGAAAAGUGUCCUAGCAGUGUCACAAAAUUAGCCAGAUUUCCAAAUACAACAUCAUCGGCUAUUGAUGAUACACCGAGAAAAGUGACCGGCCGUUGUAUAGAAAAUUCCGUUCCACUCUCUUCCAGUCCAACAAUGUAUUGUUCUCAUCAGGGCAAAUGGUACGAUAUUCAGGGUGAAUGCGUUUGCAAAGAGGGCUACAUGGUCGAUACUGCUCCCAGAUAUUGCAAGAGUGAGUAUUGA